CAAUCAUGUGUAAUAAAUGCGUGUCCUGCUAGUAAAAGUGUCCCCAAACAAUUCGUAGAGAAUUGUCAUAAAAAUUGUCACUAAUUUAAUAGUCUGUAAUUAUGAACUCCUCGACAGCUUCUUCUAUGCGGGUCUAUAAAGAUAUGCCAGUUUGGGUUGUCGAAGACCAUCAUGAUGUUUUACCUUACAUCUAUCGUGCAAUUGGAUCAAGACAUUUACCCAUUCGUAACAUAGCAAUGGUUCAUUUAGAUUCCCACCCAGAUCUACUUAUUCCUGUCGACAUGCCUGCUGAUAAUGUGUUUGACAAAGAGGAACUGUUUAGUGAGCUAAGUAUUGAGAACUGGAUCAUGCCUGUGGUUUAUGCUGGGCAUUUAUCAAAUGUGGUGUGGCUUCAUCCAUACUGGGCUCAACAGAUUGCAGAGGGUGAACACAAAAUCUUCGUGGGGAAAGAUUCAUCCACCACAACCAUCAGGGUUACAAGUAAAGAUGAUUACUUCCUAAGUGAUGGACUUUAUGUACCAGAGGGUCACUUGGAAAAUAAGAAGCCUUUCCAACUGGAUGUAAUCAAAGUAAAUUCAGUGGAAAAGCAGAGAAAGCAGGAAGAAGUAUCUGAGGAGUGUGCAGCUAAAAGGGUCAAAUUGCAGCAAGCUGAUGAUACAGAAAACACUGGAGUUUCCUGUGAGAAAAAAGGAGAGAUGGAAGGCUCCAGUAUUGCAAGUUGCAGGACAGAAACAGCAGGGGGCAGCAAAUCCAAAGAUGGUAGCCACUGUCCUGACAGCUACUCUAAGGCAAGCAAUGAGUCAUCUGCAGGCAGCUGUUCAGAAAAUGAAAUGAGCCAAACAACUGAUGCUGUGAAAAAGAUCCUCACGGUCAUACAGCAAACGGAUGCAUAUAUUCUCGACAUUGAUCUGGAUUUCUUUUCUUGCAAAAAUCCCUUCAAGGAAAUGUACACGCAGGAGGAAUAUACUAUUCUGCAAGAGCUUUACAGUUUCAGAAAGCCUAGUGAAGACCCAGACGAGAUUUCCCGAUUGGAUGCAGACGAGUGCCAGAAAAAAAGUGGUAACUUCAAGAUUCACCCAGAAGCUCUUGGUGAAACUGGACUGGCCUGGGAGGCUUUACUGGACUGUGUGGAGAACCGAGUACAUCAGCUGGAAGACCUGGAAGCAGCUUUUGCAGACUUUGUUGAAGAUGACAGUGAGGAAACCCUCCAGAGAUGGGCUGCUAACCCUGGAAUGAAGCCUCUUACUGAGCUGGUACACAGUCUUCGAAGCAGAAUGGACACCCCGGACUAUGAAAUGGUUCACCAAGCAGGUCUGACCUGUGAUUAUUCAGAACUGCCACAUCACCUUAGUACAAAUGAAGAGAUUGAUGGAUUAAUACAGGCUAUAAAUGUCAUACUGAGGGAUUUGCCAAAACCAACACUGGUUACUGUUUCAAGGUCUAGUAUGGAUGACUAUUGCCCCACAGAACAAGUGAACUACAUUCAAAGCAAGGUUCUUGCCAUGCUCAAGUCAAUGUAUGGAACUCUGGAUAUUCAUUUAGAAUAUUUAUCAGAACCCGAGUCAUCUAAAUCCUCAUCAUGACAAAUCAAACUGAUAUGCUAGUUGGUUUAAGCUUUGAUGCAAGUUUAGGGAUUUACUUUUCACUAACUAAAGGCAGAGUUGCCUUGUAACUAUUUUUGUAUCCUUUAAGCCAGUUUAUCUGGGUUGGAUUCCAGCGUAAUUAAUGAUAAGAUCAAGUUUUCUGUUUUUAAACUCUAACCUUACGGGUGCACAAAAGCCAGUGCAGCUUGGAGCAUACCACACUUGCAUGACUGAACGUGUUUGUGUGUAUUUUUUUCAGUCUUUACUAAUCAUUUAUGUAAAAGAUGCUUAUUGAUACUAAAUUG